AUGGCGGACGAAGAUUACAACGAAGUCGAUGACUUGGGUUAUGAGGAUGAGCCAGUGGAGCCUGAGAUAGAAGAAGGAGUGGAGGAAGAUGUUGAUAUGAAGGAGAACGAGGAUAUCAAUGGUGAACCUCUUGAAACAGAAGAUAAGGUUGAGACUGAAGCCAUACAACGUCCGCGUAAAACCUCAAAGUUUAUGACAAAGUAUGAACGUGCUCGUAUCCUUGGAACUCGUGCUCUGCAAAUCAGCAUGAAUGCUCCUGUCAUGGUCGAGCUAGAGGGCGAGACAGACCCACUUGAGAUUGCAAUGAAGGAGCUUAGGCAAAGGAAGAUACCUUUCACUAUCAGACGCUACCUACCUGAUGGGAGUUUUGAGGAAUGGGGAGUUGAUGAAUUGAUCGUUGAAGACUCGUGGAAACGUCAAGUCGGUGGUGAUUGA